AGAAUAGCUUACGGUGAGUCUACCGUACCGGUACAUUUGUUGUACCAGGCGGUUGGAAUGGCAGGUUUUAAUCGGUUUGAAUCAAAAUGAAUACAACGGCUGUUUUCGAUCCUACGCUUUCAUAAUCACAGUUGAGGGGAAUUCCCUGACGUAAAAAAAUUCCCGGUUUUGUCAGCACAUUCACAGGACCAGUAGUAACUCGGUGUUGCGAAAUAACUAGGAAAUCCCCAAUCUUCUGAGCAAGAUUAUGGAGAAAAGGUGAGAGGCCUUCAUCCAGUGCAAGUACAAGAGACCAAUCCAUGAAAUACUGGCAUGCAUAUCACUAGGUGUACCACCAUUGAAAUCACAUGUAAGAUAGGAAAGCAGGAUCCAAGAGAAAGAUGGCUGGACGUAUUCCAGGUCCCUCGUCGGGUUCCCAAGAAGCUCUAAACUCAAUGAUAAGUCAGCUCCACAGUAAAGUAAAAUUAAAUGAAGCAGUGGAGUCUCAAAACAGAAAGAGAAUAUCGCAUCUUCAAGAAGAGAAUGCUUUGUUAAAAAGGGAGAAUUCUGCAUUAAAAGAUAAGAACUCUUCACUUGAAAAAGAAAUGGGGCACCUGAAGAAAGCAGAUGGAAGGGAAAGAGAUCAGGUAAAUCUUGGGCUAAACACAAAAGCUAUGUCUGGGUAUCCAGGAGGAUCACAUUACCUUGGUACCAUUGAGAAACCGACAGCAUUGUCAUCUCCAGAUGUGACUGGACACCCUAAAGGCAGUUCUGCCCCUACCAGGAUUAAGGAGCAGUCUAAAUUUUGUGAAGAGAUAUUUGAAAACAAGCUUUCAAGUUGCUUAGAAGUCAAAAACUUAUUACAAGAUCUUGCAGCUUACAUCGGCAAGUCAUUAGCUCAACAUGGUGAGGCACAGACCAGAGAAUCCAACCUGAAAUUGGAAGUCAGAAACUGGCAUGAUAUUUCCAAAUAUUUAUUGCAAUUCUUUGCUCUACUCCAGGGUAUUGUCAUAAGUUUAGGAAAUGAUGAUGAUAGUGUUGCUCCUGCUUGGUUAAAUAUGGCACUUGGGAGUGAGACUGACAGGUCUGUCAGGCAACAAGUAUACCAAAUAUGGAGACUAAUGCAUUGGAACAUCCAUCACUUGCUCAACAACAGUGGUAAACCUCCAGCAAAGUCACAAUCAAAGAUUGACAAAUGGUUUGUCAAGGAGAUGGACAAAUGUAUGGGAAAUGAUGACGUAGCGUCAGCAGUUGAUAACCUUCUAAAAUCAGUUUCAAAGAACCUUGGCAUUGUUGAGGAACAAGUUGUUGAGGGCCUCUCGAUGUCAAUUUCAAUGGAGACAGAAGAGGUGUCCUCAGGUGUAUCGAGUAGCGAUUCAUCAAUUUCCUCUGCAAUUCCAGCAGAAGACCUCUGGACAUUCAGAAGUCUUUUUCAGAAACUUGUAGAAAAGAUUGAUCAUUUGUGUUUCAAUAUUGGUGAAUCCCAGAAUCUUGAUGAUGUGGAUGAAAUGGAGAGGGACAUGUACCUUCCCCAGAGAGAGGCUCUUGAGAAUUAUGACCUUGGGAACUUGCUCAGGCUGAUGAGUUCCACUAUUCAAAGUCUUAGCCAGGAGGUAGUGUCAGUAAAUGCUGAGAGGGGACUUUGUCAGAGAUGUGGACAUGAUAAUGGCAUUGAACCAAAUGGUGAUAGAAUCAAUGAUCAUACAUUGCUGAGUCAGAGGAGACAAGGACAGUUACCAACUGGAUUCAAUUCUGCUGGACCCUCUGGUCUCAAGAGCAGAGAGUCAACUAGCCAGACCGCCAAGAUGCCUCUUCCUCCCAGUUUCACAUUGAUGUCAGGUGGUGCAAUGCCGAAGAUGCCAGUAGCAGUACGGCCUCCCCAAGGGACGUUUCAUGGGAUUAGAGGUCCAUUGCCUCCAAAGCAGCUUACUGUUCUUCAAAAUAGCAAUCCUCAUGCCAGGUCUAAAUCGGAUACAUUUCUUUCACCCCAGCAAAAGAAGGUCACGGACCAGUCCUUGCUCUCCAAACCCAGCAGCCUUGACAGCGUAUUUAAGAGACAAAGCAUACCCCUUGGUAUCAGUACUUCACCACCAUCUGAAAUAUUCAGUCGUAGAUUUGCAGAGCAUUCUUCAGAUUCAGAUGAUGAUUAUCCAGUUCGUGGACCACCAGAUACACCUCCUGAAGUGAGAUCAUUUGAGCAUCUGCUGAUCGGUAAAGACAGCAUUGCCAACUCUUCAGAAUCUUCAGGUAAAAUAGACAAAUUAGGGGCAUUUUCAAAGUAUGCAAUGCAGAGUGCCUCUCAGCCCAGGGACAAUGUCGCUCUUUAUGAUAGAAAGUUACCUUUGAGUCAAGUUCAACAGUGUACAGGUGACAACAGUGGUACAACCCAAGACAUGCUGUUACCAUCAUCUGUUCAAUGGAGUAGUGUACAAUUCAAGGAUGGUGGCAUGGCUUCUCCAACGCUAGGAGCCAUGAGUCAGCUGAACACUGCCCAGCAGAGGUCCCAGCAUAUGAACUACUUCAGUGCCAUCCCCCAAGAUAGUUCACUAAACACAUAUUCUGAAGAUCUCGAAAGAGAUGGUUUGGAAACUCUGACAAAUUUCUCAAAUCCAUCGUCCAAAGAAGGGAGGGUUUGUCCUGUUUGCAAUAUGCUAUUCCCAGACUAUGUACCAAUGCAAGCUGUUCAGAGCCACAUAAAUUUGCACUUUGAUGAAAGUCCAGGUAGCUUUGAGGUAGUUGCUGAAAAUUAUGAUAAUAAAUAAAGUUUUUAAAAACAUUAGGCCACAAAUUGCUGUUCCAUCUUUUAAACUAACUCUUUCUUCUUCUUUUUUUUUUUUGUGGAAAAGUAUUUGGUGUUUUGCCGCCUGUUAGUCAAAGCAAACCCAUUAGGUGGUAUUACUGGUAAGUAUUCAUGAUAUUCUUUUUUUUUUGUGACUAGUUGGUAGGUAGUUAAGUUAGGCACAAAAUUUAAGUCAUUUGAAUUAUUCUCUUUAAGAUCUGUAGAGGGUUAAAAUGUCUCACUUAAACUUUAAAGUGGGAUAACUUUUUGAAACUGUAAGCUCGUCUUCAGAUUUCAGUCUUAGGUUCAGAUAAAGGUCUACUUUUAUAUGAUUAUGUACUUGUAUGUCUCGUUAUACACAUAUUUAAUUUAUUCACAAUAUAGUUAUUAGAAUAUAUUGUUCAUUCAGCAACAGAUUUGAAUUUCAAUUUGAAUGAGGAUGAUUAAUUCCUACAAAUUUGGUCAAACUCAAGAUCACAUUGUAUCAUGGUGUGUGUCAUACGUAUUGUGAAUAUUUCUUUUGAAAAAUACAUGGACUCAAGUUUUGUAUUUUUUUUCAUUUAUAUUCGACCCCCAUUGUAAGAAAAGAUAAGAAUACUACCCGACCUGCUUGUAUUGCAACUUUAGCUAAUGUUUAUAUUUAUUCAAGAAUUCACCACACAGCAAGAAAAAAAUACUAAAAACUAAAAACUUUUUAAAGCACAAUAACAAGUCCUAAUGUAGUGAUUACGGUACAUUAAUAUGUGGUAUUUAAAUUAUAUACAUGUAGUUUUAUUAUAUACAUUCUGCCAGAUUUGUCAAUUGCAGCUAUAGAUUCUUUAUUUACAGCAAGAAGCAGCAUGAAAGUGUUCCCAAUUAUAAUAUCCAUAUAAAAUUAAAAGUAUAUGACUAGUGAGCAAGAGUAAUGGAUGUACAAUAACUGGGCCUUGCAGUGUCCAUCUGUAAUCCAAGCUACAAGGGGGAAGAUUUGAACCCUGGGUCGCAUCUUUCAGAUGGUGUAAAACUCAUUCACACUCACAAGCAUGCAUACAACUUGGUGUUAUAGUCUGCACCUUUGUAUGCAGCAGCAUGUUCAAUUGGAUUCAGAGAUCAGAAGUGUGAGCCAUAGUCUGGUCAUGGACUCAUUUUGUCAUUAAAGUUUAUCCCCCAGAUGUAAGUAAUCAAAUCGGAUUGAUACAUGCCUAAUGAAACACAAUUACACCCAGCCGCAUUCACAUGGGGAUCUCCAACUUGGGGGCUCUUUAAUACUGAUGCAUUAAUAUCCAUGCCCAUAAAAUGCAUAUUGCAUGAUUUUCUGCUGUGUACUUGGAAGAAUCAAUUCUUAUUUCAUUUGUCAUGAUCUUUUGUUAACUUUCUUUUUAAAGUGCUAUAAAAAUAAAGUAGACCGUUGUAUGAGGGUUUUCUCCCAUUUUCCCGUGUCACAUUCAUAUUUCCCUAAAAUAAGUAUAAAGGGGUACAUAAGCAUCAACAUAGUGUUUGCUCUGCAUUUAAAUGGAAGUUGAACUGCUUCCUCGUUUUUGCAGCAAAAUUCAUGCAUUUGGACUAUAAUAUACAUCUCGUCUUUGAUGCCAAUUUGGUUGUCUGCCUUGACUGCUGGUAUUUAUUUCAGUGUGUUAGGAGUUUGAAUUCUUCAGUCAAUUGUUCUCACUUCUUAAUGAUACGUUAAAGAUAAUUUCUAGUGUUAUUGAUUAUUCGACAUCAAUAUCUGUUCUGGAUUUGCUAAAUCGGUCAGGCAUAAUCAAUUCUGCCAUUUUGCAUACUAGUAAAAGGAUUCAUCAUUUUAUUCUACCGGUAUAUGCUUUGUUAAUUUCAUAUUAUUUCAUUCUUCUCUCAGCAGAUCAUGUACAUGUAGUGACACAACUGCUCUUUGACUUCUCAUGUUGUCUGCAUCUCUUCAUUUCUCACUUCUCAUUUUUUUCAAAUACAUUUUCUCCAGAUUUGUUAUCUGUUCUGAAAUCGAAGUUGAAUUCUCUGUAUGAUAUUGGUGCUUAUUAAAUGGAAAUGUAUCAAAGUUUA